AUGUCGAAUCUAGCAGAGAGGCCAUGGAACGAGGAGGAGAAGUACACGCUACUUACCGAGAUCUUAAAGAAGGCCAGAGUUCCCUCGAGCCACUUAGUAAAAAUGAUCCGGGAUUUCGGUAUCACGCCAAGCUGGACGGACAUCCCCUUGCCUCAAGGUCGCUCACUCAACUCCUGCCAAAUGGCGUUCUACAACAUGUGUCAGCACGUGCCAUUAUCUGUCAAUUCCGGCCGUGGGCCGGUUCCUCCUCACGCCCACGAAUCUGCACCGCCAGCAACUGCACCCUUGGACCCCAGUGCUUUGCGUAAACGACCUCUGUUUCCUCUAGAUAAAGGGAUCCGCACCCCUCGUGCAAUUCAGCCACGCCCUGCGACCAGUACUGCUUCUUACAGCAGCGAAAGUGGUGCCUCGGCUCUUUUGUCUCCCAGCUCGGAGAGUAUCACUGUCAGAGGCGAACCUCCGCGGAAACGAGGUCGCCCAAGCAAGGCUGAAUCAGAACGACGUAAGGCUGCUGCUGAGGCCCGCGGGGAAACCUAUCCUCCUCCGCGACGAUCCGGCUCAACCAAGGGGAAAUUGCCAUCUGCACCAACUAGUCCUGCUGGCCUGGGGCCUGGAGUACCUCUAUUCGGUCCCCAGGUCGUUGGCAGGCCGCUGAAUUCGUCUCAAUCCGUAUCACACUACCCUGCACCACCGAGGCGGCCAUUAUCAAUGGGAGGAGCAAUCGGUGAAGCGCGAUUGCAAGAAAUGCCCAGUCAGGAAUUGAUACCUUCAAUGAGAGAAUUGCCGCGGCCCCCAGAAAUGAGACAAACUCUGCCUUCGCCACAAGCGCUACAAUUAGGACAUAAGGAAUCGAUUUCCAGACGAGACACAGGCGAUCGGUCAUUCGAGCCCCAUCUGCCUGAUAGGACAUCAUUCGUGGAGAGCAAUCGGAGGAAUCUAAUUCAUCCUCUCGCCAGGCGCCCAGAAGAAGCGCAUGGGACGGCUCCAGAAUUAUUGAUAGAGGGACCAGCAGAAACUCGAUCUGAAUAA